AUGUGGGCAGCCGACGGGGCGGGCGCCGCUGCAGGGAGGCAGAGGACCAGAGGCGCAGCGCCCAUCAGCACCACCCAAGGCAGCGCCAGCCAGCCGGGGAAAUGCAGGAUGGAGACCCUUGAUGAGUUUGACAACGAGUAUCCGCUCAUCAUUUCCUUCUGCGAGCGGAUCUCCCCCCAGGAUUUCGAGAGGCAGGCUCUGAGCUACACUCAGAAAUCCCUGCAAGACCUUUUUAUCCAAAUGGAACAGAACCCAAGGAUCUGUGAGAAGGUGGUACGCAAGAGGAAACAAGCCGAGAACGAGGAAGCUGGCUUGGUGCAAUAUCUGAAGGCCAAGUUCUUCUCCAUGCUUCAGGGAAAUGUGAACUACAGUAACACGCCGAGCGAGGUGGAAAUGGAGGAGAAGGUGGCGCAGCUGAAGCGAGAGAUGGAGAGGGCCAGCAAAUAUGCUUGUGCAGCCAGGAAAGCAUCCCAGCAGGCGUCGGAGAUGAGGCUCUGGAAGAGCAUCCCAUUGGGAGGAUUCUGCCCCAGCCAAGCCAGAGUGCCUGACCCCGGUGCUGUCGCCAUGCCGCAGAUCUUUGCCUCUUUCCCCAAGCAGAUGGAGAGGUCCAACGUGGACCUGAAACAGCUGUGGGCUGGCAUGUCAUCUGUCAAUCAAAAGAGCAUGGUGGACCUGCGUCCCUUGAUGCUGAACCCUGGGGGUUUCCAUUCCUCGUUCCUGGGUACUAAUUCUGUCACCAGGCUGAAGUACUCGAGUUUUACAAGGACUCCUGGCAGUGAGCCCACCUCAUCUUCCCAAAGUGCCGGCCCCUCCAGCUCCGCCUCCUCAGUUUUCAACACUCCAGUGCUGGCCAAGUUCAAAGGCAACAAAGAUGACGGGAAGGAUAACGAAAACCCUGGCCCAGGUUCUCCCCCAGCAGGGGCCUAAAUCUCUUUUCGUGUAUGGGAAGAUGCUACGCAAAUUAAAGUGUGGUGCAAGCUCCAA